AUGGCCACCCUGGCCUCAUCACCCCCGACCUCGCCCUCCUGGCCGAAGCGGCGCCCUCGAGCAUGGGCCCUCCGCUGCGAACGCUACUGCUGUGCUGCAGCAAGUUGCUUCCCACUAGUCUUUGUCUACGGUCUUACAACAUGGGCUGUAUAUGUCGCAAUUAGCAUCGGCGUCAAGCCGUCGAAGAGCAACUGGAUCGGUAUCCCGAGUACAGCUCUCGCAUUUACACUCUACGCCCUCUUGAAUUUCUCUUAUUCCGUCGCCGUAUUCACAGAUCCGGGAUCGCCGACUCGCCGCGGCGCUGACCGCCAUGAAUACAGCGCUGUCCCUGUCUCCGAGCAUCCGGAGUUCACCUCAUACACUGUCAGCUCGACUGGCGAGUCGCGGUACUGCAAGAAAUGUCAGUGCCCGAAACCAGACCGCGCGCACCAUUGUUCAACCUGCAAGCGAUGCGUCUUGAAGAUGGAUCACCACUGCCCGUGGCUGGCAACUUGCGUUGGACUGUACAACUACAAAGCGUUCCUUCUAUUUUUAAUCUACACCUCCCUAUUUUGUUGGGUCGUUUUUGGCGUUGCUUCUAUUUGGGUCUGGACUGAGAUCCUCAAUGAUACCCAGUAUAUGGAUACCAUUCUACCAGUGAAUGUUGUCCUUUUGGCAAUACUUGGUGGUAUUAUUGGUUUGGUUUUGUCCGGAUUCACAGCUUGGCAUAUUAGUCUCGCUGUGCGCGGGACGACAACCAUCGAGUGUCUAGAGAGAACGCGGUACGUCUCGCCUUUGCGUAAGGCAUUGGAUCGGAAGCGCAAUGAGCAGCCACCUAGUGAUAACUACUGGGGUGAGCCGGAGCCCAGCUUAAGUGAUCGCCUGCAAGGCUAUGGAAACCAGAUCAUCGACGCGCACGCCAAUGCCAUUCCAGGGGUUACGCGUGAGGAAGAAGGCGAAGAGCGUCUAUCACCUGCACCACACUCAACAGGCCAUUCGUCCAGUGCCACAAGACCAGACAACCGCCUCACACCAGCCCAACAGGCUUUAACGCGUUCAUACGCCGAAAUGGAACGACAGCGCGAGCAUGACCGCUACCAAGAAUAUCAAAACGACGAAGACAACGAAAAAAUGCCUAGCGCGUUCGACCACGGCUGGCGCCGAAACCUCCUCCACCUCUUCGGCGAACGGCCACUCCUGUGGCCCGUCCCAAUCUGCACCACGACCGGCGAUGGUUGGGGCUGGGAGCCCAGUGAGAAAUUCCUAGAAGCGCGAGAUCGCCUACGAUCUCAGCGGGAGCAGGAAUCCUCUGAGCAGCAGCAGUACUACCGCGAGCUGUACCAGCGUAAUAUGGAUAACAGUCGCAGUUGGAGAGACUCUUCUGCUGCGCAACCCUUGCGCACAUCGAAUAGGGGCACCACGCCUGAACGGCCUCCUACCAGUGUCUCCAUGCAGACUCUUGCGCCUAGAUCUCCCAGGCCACGACCUGGUGAUAGCGAUUUCGAGGAUGAGAUUGAAGGCAAUGGAUUGUUGGAUCCCGGGGUUGAGCGUUCCCAGGCUUCACGCUCCGAUACAGAUGAAUGGCGAGACUGGGAUUAA